AUGGAUGUGGCCCCCUACUUUAUUCCUACUCUACUUCUAAUUUUUCACAUUUAUCUCGUCAUUGUAGCUUAAAACUUUACUCUUUCCUUGUGGAUCCUUUAUGUUUUGAUACCACUUCUUGACUAUCUCUUACCUAUAGAUCAUAGCAAUUUAAAUGAUGUAGACGCAAGAAUUUUCGAAAAAGAUUGGAGAUUUACAGUUCCACUUUACUUGUUUUGGGGUAUAGAUUUUGCAUUUCAUUUCCAUAUGGUGUAUAUGAUGGGAAAAGGGAAAAUAGCUUUAUCUUGCCUAUAAUAUUUCAUGCUUGUUCUUGGUAAUGCUCAGUAUGGUGGUAUUAAUGCAACCAUUGGUCAUGAACUUCUGCACAGAAGAAAUAUAAGAGAUAAAGUUCUGGGCACACUUAGCUAUUCAAAAAUGAUCUACUCACAUUAUUUUAUUCAGCACGUCAGAUCUCAUCAUAAAAUUGUAGGAACUCCAGGAGACUCAUCUACUGGAAGAUAUGGUGAAAGUGUCUUUGCAUAUUAUCUUAGAGCACUUCCUCAAGGAUUCAUUGAAGUCUGGCACUUUGAAUCGGAGAGAUUAACUCGAGAAAAGAAGUCUUCCUAUUCACCAUUAGAGAACAGAUUGAUCUGGUUUAAUAUUUUGCAUAUUGUGUAUCUUGCUGCUGUAUUUUCUAUUUUCGGAUAUGAUGGACUAAAAUAUCAUUUAAUCUACUCAUUAACUGUCGUACUUAUAUUUGAAGCUGUGAAUUACAUUGAGCACUAUGCUUUAGUAAGAAAAAUUGAUGCUAAUGGAAAUUAUGAGUCAAUCAAUAUUAAACACUCUUGGAAUGCACCUCAAGUGCUGACGAAUUAUCUGCUAUUUAAGCUGCAAAGACACUCAGAUCAUCAUGCUAAUGUCUACAAGCCCUAUCAAAUUCUGAAUAGCUACCCAGAAAGUCCAAUGUUGCCCUACGGCUACUCAGUUUCCUUGAUUCUCGCAUUGAUUCCACCUGUAUGGUUUAGAGUGCUAGAUCCAAUGGCUAUUGCUACAAAUAAGGAUGAAAAAUUAAGUGAAAAAUAGAAGAGCUAGAUUGAAUAGAUUGUUAAAACUACUUUGAUCGUCACAUCAUCAUUAAUGACGUAUUUAUUGAUAUUAUGA